AUGUUUUCAUUAAUGGAUUUAGUUUUCUAUUUUUUUGCAGUUCUAGUUAUUUUUUACUGUAUAUUUUCAACCAAUAAUAAUUUUAAUGAUCAAAUGAACCAACAAACUCAACAACAAACCCAACAACAAAACCAACAACAAACCCAACAACAACACCCACAACACACCCCAACAACCCAUUACAGUUUAGUUGAAAAUAUAGAUCAAAUAAUUCAACAACAACAACAACAACAACAAAAACAAAAACAACAUCAACAUCAUCAACAACAACCACAAAUCACUCCAACAACCUAUUCUAAUUUUGAUGAGGGAAUAGAUAAACAAAACCAACAACAACAACAACAACAACAACAACAACAACAACAACAACAACAACAUCAACACCAAUAUCAACAUCACCAUCAGGAUCAUCAUCAGCAUCAACAUAAUCAUAAAAAAAGAGCAUAUGCCAUGGACACAAAACAAGAUAUUGAAAGAAGAGUAAAACAAAAGGUCCAUGAGGCUUGGAAUAUGAUUGAUGAAAUAGAAUCAAAAAGAUAUAGAACAGAUUAUAAUGGUCCAACUCUUUUAUUGACAAAUUUCAGCGAAAGUGAACAAAUGAUAAAAAAUAAAAGAGAAAAAGAUGAAAAGAGACGAAAAGAAAAGGAAAGAAAAAGACAAAAACAAAUUGAAAAGAGAAGAAAAGAAAAAGAAAGGAAAAGACAAAAAGAAAUGGAAAAAGAAAAUAGAAAAAAGAGAAAAGUAAGGGAUAAAGAAGGAGAUGGAAGAGAUAAAAAAAAGAAAAUUAAAUUUUCGCAAAAUGAAGAUCAAUGA